GGCGGCGGCGGCGGCGGCGGCGGCUGCGGGAGGGUCCGAGGUGCCCGCGGCGGCCGCUGCCCCCGCAGGAAGGCAGCCUGGGAUAAACUGUUCACAAUGUCCAUCAAAAAGGAAGGUGCCCACAAAAAAUGGGCUGCCCUGAAGGAGAAACUUGGGCCCCAGGAGACAGACCAGUCAGAGGCCAACCUGGAAAAUGCAGAGCCAGAGCUGUGCAUCCGCCUCCUACAAAUGCCUUCCGUGGUGAACUACUCCGGGCUGAAGAAGCGUCUGGAGAACAGCGACGAUGCCUGGAUGGUCCAGUUCCUGGAGCUCUGUGGGCUCGACCUCCUCUUAGAGGCCCUGGACAGGCUAUCUGGGCGAGGAGUGGCCAGGAUUUCUGAUGCCUUGCUUCAGCUCACCUGCAUUAAUUGUGUGCGAGCAGUGAUGAACUCCCACAGAGGGAUCGAAUACAUUGUCAGCAAUGAGGGCUAUGUCAGAAAACUCUUUCAAGCACUUGACACAACUAAUGUCAUGGUCAAAAAGCAAGUAUUUGAGCUCCUGGCUGCACUGUGCAUUUAUUCAUCAGAUGGCCACACUUUGGCUUUGGAUGCCCUGGACCAUUAUAAGAGUGUGAAGAACCAGCAGUAUCGAUUCAGUGUCAUAAUGAAUGAGCUCUCAAAUACAGAUAACGUACCAUACAUGGUGACACUGCUGAGUGCUAUCAAUGCCAUAAUAUUGGGGAAAGAAGAGCUAAGAACAAGAACACAAAUCAGAAACGAGUUCAUAGGGCUUCAGUUGUUGGAUAUUUUAGACAAGCUAAGAGACAUAGAGGAGGAGGAUCUGCUCAUCCAAUGUGACACAUUUGAGGAAUUCAAGGUAGAAGAUGAUGAGGAAUUGUUAAAGAUAUGUGAUGGGAUAAACAUGAAUGAUCAUCAUGAGGUCUUUUCAUCUCUCUUCAAUAAAGUGAGCCGCUCUCCAGUCUCCGUCCAGCUAUUGUCCAUCCUCCAGAGCCUUCUGCACCUGGAACCAUCUCACCACUCUAGCCUCUUGCUGUGGGAGUCCCUGGAUGCUGUAGUGAACAGAGCCAUUUUGCUCGCAAAUGACAUUCAGGAGAACACAGUUGAAGAAGUUAUCGAGAGGUUGUUAUCUAUCAAGAAACAUCCAAACAAGCAAAAGGGAGGUGAAAACCAGCUGUCCAGGAAUACAAAUGAAGGUGUUCAGACUGAAUUGGAAGUGUGUUCGAGCACAGUUCAGAGCCCUGUGAAAUCAACUAACCCCUCCAAGGCACCAUCACCUCCAUCAGGGCCACCCGCUGCAGAAGAGAUUAUGUCCUCCCAGCUCUCAUCCUGCUCAGCUUCGCCAGAGACAUUUACCCCUGUGCCCACCGCUGUUCCUGCCCCAGCACCUCCCUCACCACCACCCCCUCCACCACUCUUAGGCAUGGCAGCCAUGUCCCCUGCGUGCCCCAUGAUGGAUCUGCCUCCAGCCCCUCCACUCCUAGGCAUGCCUCCACCCCCUCCACCACUGCCUGGCAUGGGAGCCAUCCCACCCCCUCCACCACUGCCUGGAAUGGGGGGCAUCCCACCCCCUCCACCACUGCCUGGCAUGGGAGCCAUCCCACCCCCUCCACCACUGCCUGGCACGGGGGGCAUCCCACCCCCUCCACCACUGCCUGGCAUGGGGGGCGUCCCACCCCCUCCACCACUGCCUGGCAUGGGGGGCAUCCCACCCCCUCCACCACUGCCUGGCAUGGGGGGCGUCCCACCCCCUCCACCACUGCCUGGCAUGGGGGGUGUCCCACCCCCUCCACCACUGCCUGGCAUGGGGGGCAUCCCACCACCCCCGCCACUCCUGCCUGGCAUGGCAGCCAUCCCAGGAGAUCAAAUACAAGCUGUUGUGGCCACCCAAUUGAGCUGCCAGUUUGGCUCCAGCAGGCCUGUUCGCAAGACAGUGAAGACGCCAACGUUGAGAAUGAAGAAGCUGAACUGGCAGAAGCUGCCCUCCAAUGUAGUGAGAGAAAGUCACUCGAUGUGGGCUUCAGUGGGUAGCAGCAGUGAGGACGCCAUAGAGCCCAAUUAUACAAGCAUAGAGCAACUGUUUUGCUUUCCACAACCAACCCCCAAGGAGAAAACGGCUGCACCAGUGAAGGCAGAACCAAAGGAGAUCACAUUUUUGGACUCCAAGAAAAGUCUCAAUUUGAACAUAUUUUUGAAGCAGUUUAAAUGCUCCAAUGAAGAAGUGGCUGCCAUGAUCCAAAAUGGGGACAGGACCAAGUUUGAUGUCGAGGUUCUGAAACAAUUGCUCAAGCUGCUGCCUGAAAAGCAUGAGAUAGAAAACCUGAAGGCCUUCAAAGAAGAGAAAUUAAAGCUAGCAAACGCAGAUCAGUUUUAUCUCCUCCUCCUUCAGAUUCCCAGCUACCAGCUACGGAUUGAAUGUAUGCUGAUCUGUGAAGAGACCAGUGUUGUGCUGGACAUGAUUCAGCCAAAAGCUGGAGUCAUCCGGAGAGCCUGUGAAGAUCUUCUGAAUAGUCAUCGUCUGCCACUGUUUUGUCAACUGAUUCUCAAAGUGGGAAACUUUCUGAACUACGGAAGUCACACGGGUGAUGCUGAUGGGUUUAAAAUCAGCACUUUACUCAAACUAACAGAAACCAAAGCAAACCAAACGCGCAUUACGCUGCUCCACCAUAUUCUGGAGGAAGUAGAAAACAGCCACAUAGACCUACUGGAACUGCCAAAGGACCUUGAAUAUGUUUCAAAAGCAGCAGGAAUUAAUCUUGAUAUUAUACACUCGGAGUCUAGUGCCAAUUUAAAGAAGCUGCUGGAGCUUCAGCGAAAGAUCUCAUCAUCAAACGACGAUGUGAAACAACAGUAUGAGAAACCUAUCAAGGAUAGCAUUGAUGCCUCCAGAAAGCUGGAAGAGGAAUUUGAAACCAUUGAAAGGAAGAGAGAAGAACUUGCAAAUUAUCUCUGUGAAGAUCCAAGCAAAUUGUCUCUAGAAGACGUAUUUAUCACCAUGAAGACCUUCAGAGACCUCUUCAUCCGAGCACUGAAGGAAAACAAGGACAGAAAGGAGCAAGCUGCAAAAGCGGAGAAGAGGAAGAAACAACUGGAAGAAGACGAGGCAAAGAGACAGAAGGGAGAAAAUGGAAAAGUCAUUAAGAAGGGAGUGGUGAAACAGGAGGACGUGUGUGUCAUUGAUGCACUGCUGGCCGACAUAAGGAAAGGGUUCACACUGAGGAAGACAAAGAACAGAAAUGAGACAGAUGCACUUCCUAAAACCUUGCCAGCAGAGAGCCCAGAGGAGACACAGCCUGGAAAGAGCACUAAAGAUCCACAAGCAGCAGGAAUACACAUCAAUGAUAAGAAAAAGCAAAGCAGCAAUGGUCAUCCCUCAGAAAGCAUUCCCCCUUCAACCACUGUGCUAACAGAGACAGGAAAAGGUGUUGCAAAUGCCUCAGCUUCAAACCAGGCCUUACCUAAACAAAAUACUGAAGAAAAUUUGCCACCGGAGUGCCAAACUGAAGGCCCAUCUGUAAGCUUGAUGGAAGUUGAUGGGGCCGGUCAGCCCAAGCAAGGAGCAGGCACGCAGCAGGCAGACAGUUUGGCAAGCCUCCAGGAGAGCGCGAAGAGUAGCACCUUCACCUUCUCUGUCACCAAUAUAGGCAGUGGAAUAAAGUUUAUGAGCAGCAGUUUGAGCACUGUUCAGAGAGACCAGCUCAAUGGGUCCACCUCAGAAGACCAGGACAAUGAAUCCCAUCCUGAUGGCUCAGAGAACGUCAGGCCAGCUAAGGAGCAGAUAAUCCAGCCAAACAAUCCCCAGCUAAACAAGAACGGAGUAGAUCCUGGCAGUACACAGUCCACUCCCUUUGAUGAAGCACAUCAGGCAGAGUCAAAAGAGAAGGCAAAGGAAAAUGAAGACCCUGGUACAGACUCACUGUUGGACACCUCUCAAGAGAAGUCUUUCUCGGAGGAGCCAGCUACUGAUUCUUCCUGUUCUGCAACGCUUCCCCCUGGACAAACUUACAGUGAUAGGGAAAAGCAAAGAGCAUCUGGAAAACGUAAAAAGAAGAAGAGGCACAGCAAAAGCUACACAGCAGAGAUUGACACUGAUACUGGAGAUAAUAAAACAAAAAAAGGUUGUGUGGUACAAUGAGGUGUCACAGCAAGGCAGAAGAAAUAAUCGAGACCCAGUGAAAUGCUAACAAACCCCCCCAAUGCUGCCAGUCUCUCGGAAGUGAAGUUCUGCGGGACCCAAACACCACUCGCGGUCACCUUUGCUGUAACUGGAUGCAAAGCUUCUCCUCACGCAGGCUUUUAAUCCCUUCCUGAAGGCCCAAAGCACCUCCCUAGAGACUUGAGCACCUUCAGCCCGUGCCUUAUGUGACCUCUGCCAAGGCCUGGUGCUGCGAGCGACGCCCGUUGAGAUGUGGGGACUCUGUGCGGAGGGUUGCAGGGGUCAGAUCUCAGACAAACUCUCCUUCAAGCCAAAUCUUUCAGCUUGCUUUUAGGGCAGGCUCCUCUUGAAACGAUAGUUGAGCAUUGCCCAAGAAAGCGCUGCAGCAUUUGGCCCUCUGAGAAAUUUUUAAACUAGCAGUGCCUCAACUAAAUUAAGGAUAUGAGUUAAGCACUUGUUGCACUGUCACAGGUCAAAGCUGCUCCCUCAUCGCCCACUGAGGAUUUAUAUUGGAGCAGAUCCAAGAUACAGCUCAGACAAAUGUAUUUUCCCUCUCAAUUGUUUAAAGCAAGGGCGAUCAGUCAUAGAAAUAAAGUACAUGUAUUUUAUUAAACAUAUGGCCAUAUAAACAGCGUCUGUUUUUCACCUAUGCUUAUGUGCAAUUAAAUGUAAGCAUAUCAGUAGUCUUUCAGUAGCCUCACAUACAGAUACAUGCAUAAAUCUUUGGAGAAUCAGGGCCCAAGUUCCUGUUAUUAAAGCAGUAGAAAGAGGUUUUCCAGGGGGCUCUAUUAGCUACAUUUUCAGCUCAUCCUUUAAUAAAUCUCUGGGUUUGAAUAUCUUGCUCAGCUGCUUGCACUUAAACGUCUUUGUGUUCAAACUGCAGAACGGGUAGUUUCACGUUACUGUUGCUUUAAAACUGGGAAUGUGCAGUAUUGUGUUUUAAAAAUUCAGAGCUUUAGUUCUCCAUUAAGUUUUGUAAUAACUUUGUAUCAUAGUUUUGUACAUAGCUGUCAAUUUAAAAUUCUGUAUGUUGAGUCUAUGGUGUGAUACUAUGCUGAAACAUGAAUCAAGUGAAAGAGAUUAUUACAUUUAAUAACUAUGCCUUUAUAUGGUAACUCACUGUGUCUAGACUAAUGUUCAGGCUAAAGCUUAUUUUGCUUUGCUUUAUAGGACUUGUAAUCCGUUUACUGAAAACUUUGCUGGACUAAGUUAGGUGUUAAACCACGAAUUAAAUCACUAAUAACUUUUAACAACAGCAUUGUUACAAGUAUAUUGAGAAUUCGGUUAACAAAAGCAAAGAUUAGUUUAGACUAGGCGUGUUGCAGGUUCAGUUCCCAAGAUCCCGGGGGGACAGCACAGCCCCACUGUGGCUGAAAUCAGAUGCCCACUAGCGGAGGUGGGCAGAGACCCACCGCUUCCUGCAGAACUGCGUGAGUCGUCCAGGUUUAAUUUGCAGUACUAACACUAUCACGUUUACAGGUCUACCCUUUUCUCUUUUUUUCCAGUCUCAGAAUACAUCACCCAAGUAUCAGUCCUUUCCCUCUCAUUACUCCAUUUUUCCUACUCUUAAAUCAGAGCCCAGGCUACAAAAAUCUGACCGUCAAAGAAGUUUACCCAGCAGCUUUCCAACCUCCGUGUUUCCAUCAAGAACCUAGCAGCUAGCCUCCUCCAGCCCACACUGCUGUUUUACCAAAGGAACAAAAGUAUUUUGAGAUUUAGGACUAGGGAACAAACAAGCUACCCUGGUGUUACGUGGGGAGCCUUACCUGCUGAUACUCCAGGUAGGCUGAUUUCUUCAGAUACUGCAGCAGGUGUCCACAUCUCCCUCUGGUCUUUCAGCUACUCCCAUUUGCAUCUGAAGAGAAAAACCCUUUUCACAGGGCCAGGGAUUUUAUUUCUCUGCAUUCUUAGCUUGGCCUUCAAAGAAACUGCAUUUGGCAUUGUCUUUCCACUGCCAUCAAGAGCUUGCUGAGAACUGGGUUAUUUUGAGCCACUGCUGGGUCUUUGUUCUGUAAUCAUCUGUGAAAACUAUAUUAAAUUAUCUAUACAAUGACAUCUUGAUAAGCAGGUCAAAGCACAGCACUUACUUAGAAUUAUUACUUAAAAGCAACUCUGCUUCCAUUACAGAGAUUAUUUAACAAGAACAGGAGGGCAGAAUCAGAGCAGGUCAAAGGAAGAUGUCCAACUAGGAUAUGGUCCAUUUGUAACUUUAAAGUAAAGCUCAUGAUUCUGAAGACUUUUCAGUAAUAAUAGUUUUAAGUACAAACUAAUUGCUGGUAAAAACAAUGACACUUGCAGCUCCUUCAACUGGUCUGUGCUCAUUUAAGCCAAUAGUGAGUUUGCAUCUCAAAAAACAUUCUUGCAGUAUAUUACAGGAAAUGCAUGUGGAGUACACAAUGUAAACAAGCCUGGGAACAACACAAGUUUCUAGCUGUCAAAUAACUGCAUAUUCCUAAUUAAACAUCGGCUAUAUGAUAAAACCAAACUAUGGAAGAAAUGAGCAAAAGCCUUUUCCAAACACUUCACCAGAAAUUGGGUAUGUUUAAGAGGAGAGAUUUUCAGGUUUGGGAUUUUCUUUGUUUUGUUUAGUUUUUUUUUUAUAUAUAUAUUUCAAUAAUGAAAAUAUUUCAAAAUUUAGAAUAAAAGAAAUCAAAGUAA